CGUAGUAAAUGUUUACGAAUGGGAUUUGAUAAGGAUGAUUUUACUUCAGUGAGGAGAUCUUAAGAGAAAAAGCCAAGGUGUUUUAUAAUGGAACUCGUAGAACAUAUCAACUUGAUGAUAAACAUGAAGAAUGUGAUCAUAAACAUAAAAUUGAUUUGUACACUUUGCUCAUUCUAUUAGUUAAGUUCAGAUGUUGGAACAAUGUCACAACAUGUACAUGUAACUUGCCCAAAAGAAACCCAUAGUUUCAAAUCAGUCUGCCCUAGAGAAGCUGGAAGAAGAGAGCAAAGUGAGAAAAAGCCAACAUCUCUAAGUGAAGUGCAUAAAUUAAGUAAUAAGAAUAAAUAUAAAAUUAAAUUGGAUGUACCAGUUCAAGGUGUUCAGCCUACAGCUGAACAUGCAGCUUGCUCAAAUGAAGUUAGACAGUUCAAACCAAUUAAACUUGGGUUAAAAGAACACAAUGAAAAGAAGACAAUUUCACAAAGUGAAGAGCAUGAAGAUAUUAAACCUUGGGUAGGAAAGUCAUAUUGGUAUGGUGAAGAUAAAGGCCUACAAUAUAGUUCAGGCUUCUCUAGAGAAACUGGAUCAAAAGAGCAAGUUAGCAAACAAUCAACAUCACAGAGUUCAGUAGGAGCUAGUGAUAAAAUCAAGUUUAAUGCUAGAGCACAUAAACAAAAUGAAAACAAUGUAGAGCAUGCACUUAACUUGAAGGAAAUCAAACAAUUUAGGAUGACCUGGCUUGAUGAUACACUAGCUAGACAGCAAGUUAAGAAGAAACAUAUAUCUGAGAAUGAAAUGGAUGGUAAUGAGAGUUCAGAAAAAGUCAAAACCAAACUAAAGUCUCUGUGGAACAAUAUGAAAUAUGGAUGGACUGUUAAAAUUAAGACUAACUUCAGCUAUGAAACACCAAUAUGGCUUUUGGGACAAAUUUACCACAAGAAACUCUUGGAGUCAGCAACUGCAAGCAUGGAGAGAUUUAAGCAAGAUUUUAUCAGUAGAAUAUGGCUUACAUACAGGAAAGAAUUUCCAGUAUUAGCAGGCUCAACUUUGACCACAGACUGUGGCUGGGGUUGCAUGCUGCGUAGUGGACAGAUGAUGCUAGCUCAAGCCCUUCUCUGCCAUUUUUUGGGUAGAAGUUGGAGAUGGCAUGGCUCUCAGACGGAGAGGACAGAAAUUUUUCAUAGAAUGAUCAUUCGAUGGUUUGGAGAUGAUAUGCACCCACGAUGCCCUUUUUCAGUUCAUCACUUAGUAGCUGCUGGACAGAGUUUGGGCAAGAAGGCUGGUGAUUGGUAUGGGCCAGCUAGUGUGGCAUACAUCUUAAAGCAAGCACUUGAGUUGUCAGCGAGUGAUCAUCCUCUUUUGGAUGAAAUUUGUAUAUAUGUAGCUCAGGAUUGUACAGUUUAUAUAGACGACGUUAUUGAAAUGUGCACGUCAUCACGGAGACAUUCCACUGAAUGCAAGUCAUCUUUCCUGAACAGCGUAUCACAUUCUUGUGAAUCAGCACGAGGCUAUUGGAAUCUUCUAUCUGAAUCACAUGAUGCUUUGACUAACCCAGCAGAAAGUCACUUAAUGUCUGUCCCAGAGAAUCAAGAAUCAGUAAGACUGUACUGGAAUCCACUUUCCAUGUUACACAGUUCUUCCGCCCAAGAUGUAGAAAAUGUUUCAUUUUUAUCAGAAAACCCACAACUAACGCAAAUAAAAAGAUUUAAUUUCCCAACUUCACACGAUGUAAAUUACUCCAUCCAGAGUGAAAGACAUUCUCCUUCAUAUCUUUCUGAGAAUCUUAAAUCAUUACAAGUGUCUCACUUAGGUUCACCUUCUGGUGAAUGUGCACAUCAUACAGAAAAUAGUGUAAUUUCUAUUCAAACACAACAAACUGGGCUUCAAGAAGCAGCUAUCAAUAAAUUUAAUCAAGCAGGUAAUGAUAGUGAAGGAAGUAAGUUUCAGGAACUUCAAAUGGAUGGUGCAUAUAGUACAAAUAUUGUUAAUUCUAUGGGCUUAGACAGGACUAAUUUCUUUGAAACUCAUUUGAAGCCUAAUAUGGAAAACAAAAGUAAAUUAUCAUUUCAUGAAAGUAAAAAUGAAGUAAAGUAUGAGAAUUUCAUGGACAAUAAAAGAACUUUGCCUGUUCAGGAAAAUUUAUUACAUCCAUCAUAUGUUAAGAGGUUAAAUUCUGAUCCUUCCACCUCUGGUGGGGAUUCUCUGAUUGAACAUCAUGACCAUGUAUCUCCAACUUCUCUUCCAUUUGGAAGUUCAGAAGAUAUGAUUGUAUCAACUCAAGAACAGACAGGAAGAUGGCGAGGAGUUGUAGUCCUUAUACCAACAAGGCUAGGGGGAGCCGAUCUUAAUCUCAUGUAUAUUCCAUGUAUCAAGUCACUUUUAAGUCACGAAAAUUGUAUUGGUAUUAUUGGUGGUCGACCCAAGCACUCUCUGUAUUUCGUGGGCUGGCAAGAGGAUAAAUUGAUUUAUCUUGAUCCACACUACUGUCAAGAAACAGUUGAUGUUCUUGCUCCUGACUUUUCAGUACAGUCAUUCCAUUGUUCAUUUCCUCGAAAGAUGUCAUUUGCUCGCAUGGACCCCAGCUGUACCAUUGGCUUUUAUUUUCGAGAAAGAGAUGAAUUUCUAAAUUUCUCGGAAUCUAUAAAAGGGGUGCUAGUCCAGUCCCAUCAACAAGCAGAAUAUCCAGUGUUUGUAGUGGCAAAUGGUCACUCUUCAACAACAUUAGAUGCAUCUGAUACAUAUUCGUGGAGACUUCUGGAAGAAGAGAUGAAGUUAGAAAAUUGUAGUCAAUCAGCAGAUUUCUUGGAUAACAAUGAAGAAGAAGGAUUAGAAAGUCACGACUUUGUACUCUUAUGAGUUUCUUGUACAAAUCAUUGUAAUUUAGUUAGCAGGAAUGUUUUCAGUGAAAGGCACAUUAGAGAAGCCAACAAAUUAUUUUCUAUUAGUAGGCAUAAAAAAUAGGGCAAGAUAUUUUGAUAGUAGGGCACACAUACAUACGUCAACUUACAACAACAGUUUAUAGUCAACUUUUCUUAUCUGUAUUGUAUAAUAGUUGUAGGCCAAUAUUACAAAUUGUAGUUAACACUAAAAAUUAUUAUUUGACUUUUAAGUAAUAGUGUUUAUAAGCUGUGUGCUCUGAAAGCUGUUUAGUUAAUCAACAGUGUUAUUAUAUACUGAACAAAUGAUUAUCAAAUUUUAACAAUAUUUUGAUCCUCUCCAACAUUUUAUACUUAGUAAGGAAAUGGUUUUUCUUUUUCAAAGCUAUGGGUGCACGUAUCUGUCUUAUAUGCCCAUUUCUUUAUCAUCAUUAAUGUGAUUAUUUUUAUGUUUAAAGAUGUUCAUUUGUGAAUAGUUAAACAGUAGCCUUGGUGGUUGUACCUUUAAAGAUAUUAUUGAAGUCAAAGUAUAAUUCAUUUAAAUUUCAAUUACUUACUAGUUUCAGUAUUUUAUAAUUGGCUUGAAUUAUAAGUUAUUUAGUUUGUAAACAGAAUUAAGAACUUCAGAAUAUUUGAUAAUCAUGAUAGGUAACACCUUGUAUCAACUGUUUUUUUUUUGUAAACAAUGUAUAAAAAUGUAGCCUUUAGGUGAGGUAACAUAAUGUUUUUUUUGUAUUACACCUUUUUUAUAAUAACGACAAAGAUAGUUGCACAAAAUUGGUAAUGUUUAAAAUGUUAAAAUAGAACAAGUACUUUUUUUUCAGAUUUGUUGUGGUACAAUAUAUUAAAAUCAUCAAAUUAUUUUGUCUUCUCUCGCCCACUGU